ACGUUCUUUAGCCAACUACGUAAAACCUAGGUUAACUGAUUAUUCAUUCUCAAUAUAUAUUACUUAUCAUCAAAGUAUUUUAGAGACCAGUGGACAAUACGUGUUCUUUUUCAGUUGGCAUUUUUAACAUUACUCCGGUGUAAUCAGAUACUUAAGGAAAUAUCAAUAUUAUAUCUACACAUAUUACGAAAAUGGCUCCGUACAAUUUUAAGCAGUUUCUACAGCUGGUAUGUUUUGGAUUAAUUCUUUUGAAAGAAAUGGCAAAUGCCUGUAAUAUGACUGCUGUGAACGAGUGUACGGAAAUUUUGAGCCGAAGCAGUGAUGCUAGCGUUAUUACGGACGGUAUAUCUGCCAUACCGACAGUGGAUCAAUUACAGAAAUUGUGUGGUGCACUGGGUGAGUUCAAGGCUUGUUACCAACCAAAGGCAGCUGAAUGCAGGCGGGACGUGGUUUUCUCUAUGACGUUUGGCACAAUAGAAAAUACGAUCGAGUACCUGUGCGUGGAAGGGUAUCAAGACAUCCUUCAGUAUGCUACAUGUUGGAAUCAGACAGAGGUUAUAGAAGAGUCAACAAAAUGUCACAUAAAACAAAAUCAAAUGAUAUCAUCACUACAUAGUCAACAAAAGGCGGGAAAUUUGAAUUCAACAGCUAUGAGAGGGUAUUGGUGCAAUAUUUUAGACAAUACCACAGCCUGUAUGCGAGAAGGAGUGGUGAGUAGGUGUGGGAAUGAAGCCGGUUGUAUAAUGCACACUAUGAUGUCAAGAGCACUUAAAGGGCUUUCAUCACUAAUGAAAUGCCCAGCACCUGUAUCCUGUCAGCUUCAUUCAGAUGGCACCGAACACACACAUGGUGACACACAUCCGGAUCAUGGGAACGUAGACAAUACCGCCAGUGACAGACACUCGGACGGUACGCCUCAUACUCAUGGGGACACCCAUACAGACCACACAGUCGAUAGCCAUGCUGAUGCGGAAGUAAAUGCCAAUGAUCCGACCAAUAAGGAGAACAGUGCAGUCUACAACAGUCUUUCAGCAAUUUUGUCUAUUUCAGUAGUUUACCUUUCUAUCAGUCAAAUAUCUUCCUAAUAAAUUUGAAUAUUAAA